AUGACUGACAACAAUGCAGGCGGCCUCCUGAUCGAGCAGAAGCUUCACCCCUACUACCCUCCAACCAUCGACUUGCCAGCAUAUGCCCCAAACGAAAUAGCAGUGCCAUAUCUCAUAUCGUCGUUCGCUGGAGCUAGCGUUUUUGUCUUUGCCUUGACGACUUCUUUGGCUCGUCACGUCCGACCCAGCAUUUCGAAUGGCGAGUUAUGGACCGCGAGAUGGUUCAUGCUGUGCGGCUGCAUUCAUCUAUUUUUCGAGGGAUACUUUGCAUUCAACAACGCCCAUAUGCCCUCACGUACGACCCUCUUUGGCGAACUAUGGAAAGAGUACGCCUUAUCCGAUCGUCGAUACCUGACGCGAGACGCCUUCGUCGUCUGCAUGGAGACCGUGACAGCUGUGUGCUGGGGACCACUCUCUUUUAUUGUCGGCUGGUUUAUCAUCAACGAACACCCGUUCCGGCAUCCAUUGCAGCUCGUUGUCAGUCUUGGCCAGCUCUACGGCGAUGUGCUGUACUACGCAACGUUUUUCUUCGACGAAGCCGUCUUUGGAGAAAUUUUCUGUCGACCGGAGAGAUACUACUUCUGGGCAUAUUUCGUGAUGAUGAAUGGGUUUUGGAUCGUCAUCCCGCUCUGGCUGCUUUUUCAAAGUGUGAUGGAGAGUGGCAGGGCUUUCUCUCGCUUGGAGACUGAAGAGAAAGUAGGAAAGAAGAAGAGCUCAUGA